AGCUCUCAAAUCGGAGGGUAAAUAUGUGGCCGUGCCUAGCCUAGCUCGGCCACUGUUGACAUCCCCCCCACACCACCUCCUCACUGGACGGACGGAGUGCGUUUGCUCCAUCGGUUCAGAUGGACAUGGUCCUCUCAUCAUCACUUGAGUACUGGUUCAUUCCAGUCGCUGGCAGCAAGCUCAGCCUGAAAGAAGGUCACUGAGGGUCCUCACAAACCCAGGAGAAGUUCAGAGGGAAGGCAGCAGCUGUGGCACAGAGGGGGAGGAGAGGCAAACACACACGCGAGAGACACACACAUACGAGCUCCAGGUCCCGCGACGCGGAGAGACACUCUCACUCUCACUCUCACUCCACAGGCACUCAACACCCAAGAGUGAAGGACCGACAAAGAGAGAGGUGAGAGAGAGAGUGAGAGGUAGAGGGAGAGAGAGGGAGAGAGAGAGAGAGAGAGAGAGGUAGAGGGAGAGUGGAGGCGCAGCGGGCUCAGCGCAGGCACCCUGGGCGCCUGGGUAGAUAAAGAGUGGCGAGGGGUGGGUGGGGGGUGGGCGCGCACGCUCCGCUCGCUCCCUCAGCGGCUGCUCUCCUCUCCGGCUGCGACCCCGACCGCCUCCCGGCCCCCACCUCCACGUCCUCCUCCCGCCGCCGCCGCCAGCAACACCUCCUCUUCCUCCUGUGCCGCCGCCGCUGCUGCUGCUGCUGCCGCCGCCGCCCCCCAUUCGCUCCCGGCCUCUCAGUGGUGCGCCACCACCGACACCACCUCCGCCACCACCGGCAGCAGCAGCGGGAUGAUGGACGACAAACGCGACGAGGAGCCGCGCGAGCGCCUGGAGCCGCUCUCCGACGCCGAGCUGGCCAUCGUCCAGGACACCUGGGGACGCGUCUACGAGAACUGCGAGGACGUGGGGGUCACCAUCCUCAUCAGGUUCUUUGUGAACUUCCCCUCGGCCAAGCAGUACUUCAGCCAGUUCCAGGACAUGGACGACCCUGAGGAGAUGGAGAAGAGCAGCCAGCUGCGACAGCACGCGCGGCGCGUCAUGAACGCCAUCAACACCGUGGUGGAGAACCUCAACGACCCGGACAAGGUGUCCUCUGUCCUGAACAUCGUGGGCAAGGCGCACGCGCUGAAACACAAGGUGGAGCCGGUGUACUUCAAGAUCUUGAGCGGUGUGAUCCUGGAGGUGCUGGCCGAGGACUUUGGCGAGUGCUUCACCGCGGAGGUGGCCCGAGCCUGGACCAAACUAAUGGGGGCGCUGUACUGGCACGUGACCGGGGCCUACGCCGAGGUGGGCUGGGUCAAGGUGUCCAGCUCUGCGGUGUGAGCGAGCGAACACUGCUGGGAUCUGAUUGGAUGGGCCUGACCAAUAAGAAGAGGAA